AUGUCUUCAGGUUUCGGGCCGAGAUCCAACGAUCUGGACUUCGUAGAGGUCUUUGCAGGUGAGCACUUGCUCUACUCGGCAGCCAAGUUGUACGGGUUGCGAGCGCAUGGCAUCGAUGUGGCCUAUUCCAGGAAACUCGACCUGUUGACUGCUUUCGGCUUCCUAACUUGCCUGCACCUAAGCUUCCUCAAGCUGGACAUCUCCCGUGGCUAUUUGGAUGCUGGAGGUCAGAGAAAGCGGGUCGGUGGCAAAGAUCUUACACGCUCGGGGGUAUAUCCGGGGACUAUGGCUUUGAAGGUUGCUACACUUACGUCCGAUCAUCUGCGAAAUGCUCCAGCAACGCACACCUCGAAUGAGAUGGAUAUGGAGAUGGACGACACCGUGGGUGAUGAUGAUUCUGACUCUGGUCUCGAGGACCUCGUAGGUGCUGAGAGAGCGGCCGUGUCAUCAUAG